GGAAGGGACUCACAGUGCAGCAUGGCUUUCCCUCCUCCCCUCAUGUUGUGACUGCACCUGCUGCCUGUGACCAGUAGGCACUGAAGGCAGCCGCAGCAGCAGCAACAACCACAGCUGUGAGGCUAGCCACAGCCCUGCCAGCUCCCGCCCAGCUCUCAUUGAGAAAAGGGGCGCAGAAGCAGACAGGAGGAGGAGGAGGAGGAGGAGAAGCUCCUGCAAAACCCAGAGCCUCCUCCCAGCGCAGCCUCCGGGAGUAGGCGUUGGACUAUUCUGACGAGGUGAUUCCUUGGGGGAGUUGGAAGCCGGAAGGAAAAAGCCCGCAGAGACCAUCAAAGGCUGAGGGGCGCUGUAAAAGGAGCAGGAGAGUUCUUUUGCAAGGAAUCUAUCAUGCAUUGAAACAUUGCAGCUUUCUGGAGAAGGUGCCAUGGUUUUACUGCCCUUUUGCUCAGAUAAAAGGAGCCAUCAAGGAUUGUCCUGAAGUGUUCCAGAGGGGAUUUUGCUCAUUGUUCCUCUCCCCCCCUAUUUGCUGACUUCCCCAAAGGAAUUUCAGUCCAGCUGAGAAGAUAGUUCUUAAUAAAACAAAACCAAACUAAACAAUUCCUGCUGAUCAAAUAAGAGGUGAAGCUUGCUUGCUGCAGUACUUUUCUGUGACAUUUUGAAAUGUCUCCAAAUUCUUAAAAAAAAAAAAAAGAAAAGAAAGGAAAAAAAAAGAGAAAAAAGAACACCUAAAAAACUCCUUGGAUUAAAGAAAACUAAAGGAAGGAGAUUUCUUUUACCCCAGAAAUGACUCAGUGAGAAUUGGUAACUUACCCUUGAGCCAAGACCUGGAUCAUUAAAACCUUGGAGUUCUAGUAAUCAGCACUUCAAUCCUCACAAAUAAACAAACAUGCAAAGGAGUGUCUGUGGAGUUCUGCACAGAGGCAGGUUUUAAAGAAGCCUGAACAGGACUGACUGGGGUGAGAACUUGGGGCCUGUAUGAUGCCUGAAGAUCGAAAUUCUGGGGGACGCCCUUCAGGGGCCUUAGCAUCAACUCCUUUCAUUCCUAAAACAACAUACCGAAGAAUCAAAAGGUGUUUUAGUUUUCGGAAAGGCAUAUUUGGGCAGAAACUAGAAGACACUGUCCGUUACGAGAAGAGAUAUGGGAACCGCCUGGCCCCCAUGUUGGUGGAGCAGUGCGUGGAUUUCAUCCGGCAGAGAGGGCUAAAGGAAGAAGGUCUCUUUCGACUUCCAGGCCAGGCUAAUCUUGUCAAGGAGCUCCAGGACGCCUUUGACUGUGGAGAGAAGCCAUCAUUUGACAGCAACACUGACGUACACACUGUGGCGUCUCUUCUUAAACUCUAUCUCCGAGAACUACCAGAGCCAGUUAUUCCUUAUGCCAAGUAUGAAGACUUUCUGUCAUGUGCCAAACUGCUCAGCAAAGAAGAAGAAUUGGGUGUGAUGGAAUUAGCCAAGCAAGUGAAGAGUUUGCCAGUGGUUAAUUACAACCUCCUCAAGUAUAUUUGCAGGUUCUUGGAUGAAGUACAAUCCUAUUCAGGCAUUAACAAAAUGAGUGCACAGAACUUGGCAACUGUCUUCGGUCCUAAUAUCUUACGCCCCAAGGUGGAAGAUCCACUGACCAUCAUGGAGGGUACUGUGGUGGUGCAGCAAUUGAUGUCAGUGAUGAUUAGUAAACAUGAUUGCCUUUUUCCUAAGGAUUCAGAGCUUCAAAGCAAGCCCCAGGAUGGAAUAAGUAACAAUAAUGAAAUUCAAAAGAAAGCCACCAUGAAUCAGAUGCAGAACAAGGAGAACAACAACACUAAGGAUAGCCCAGGCAGGCAGUGCUCUUGGGACAAGUCUGAGUCUCCCCAGAGAGGCAGUGUGGAUGAAGGAUCCCCCACAGCUUUGUCAGGCAGCAAAACCAACAGCCCAAGGAGCAGCGUCCACAAGCUAGAUGUCUCCAGGAGCCCCCCUCUCAUGGUGAAAAAGAACCCAGCCUUCAAUAAGGGUAGCGGAAUCGUCACUAACGGGUCUUUCAGCAGCAGUAAUGCAGAAGGUCUUGAGAAAGCACAAACCACUCCGAAUGGGAGCUUACAGGCCAGAAGGAGCUCUUCGCUGAAAGGAUCUGGUACCAAAAUGGGCACCCACAGUGUCCAGAAUGGGACAGUGCGCAUGGGUAUUUUGAACACUGACACGCUUGGAAACCCCGUGAAUGGUCGUACCAUGAGCUGGCUACCCAAUGGCUAUGUCACCUUGCGGGAGACUAAGCAGAAAGAGCAAGGUGGGGAGUCGGGCCAGCACCAUAGGCUGUCCACGUACGAUAACGUCCACCAGCAAUUCUCCAUGGUGAACCUGGAUGACAAACAGAGUGUGGACAGCGCCACCUGGUCCACCUCCUCCUGUGAAAUCUCCCUCCCUGAGAAUUCCAACUCCUGUCGCUCCUCCACCACCACCUGCCCUGAGCAAGACUUUUAUGGGGGGAAUUUCGAGGAUCCUGUGUUAGAUGGGCCUCCCCAGGACGACCUUUCUCACCCCGGGGACUAUGAAAACAAAAGUGACCAUAGGAGUGUUGGAGGUCGAAGUAGUCGUGCCACCAGCAGCAGUGACAACAGUGAGACAUUUGUGGCUAACAACACGAGCAAUCACAGUGCAUUGCACAGUUUAGUUUCCAGCCUGAAACAAGAAAUGACCAAACAGAAGAUAGAGUAUGAGUCCAGGAUAAAGAGCUUAGAACAGCGCAAUUUGACUUUGGAAACAGAAAUGAUGAGCCUGCAUGAUGAACUGGAUCAAGAAAGGAAAAAGUUCACGAUGAUAGAAAUCAAAAUGCGAAAUGCUGAGCGAGCAAAAGAAGAUGCUGAGAAAAGGAAUGACAUGCUCCAGAAGGAAAUGGAGCAGUUUUUUUCCACAUUUGGAGAGCUGACAGUGGAACCUAGGAGAACCGAGAGAGGAAACACGAUAUGGAUCCAGUGAGCCUGCUUUCUCUGCCGUCCCUGACAGCUCUAAGAAGGCCUCUAGGGAUUUUGAUGGGCACCCACUUGGGACCAGGUGGCUGGUCACCUGGCUGUACAGAGUGCUAAUUGGUCAAGGAGUAUCAUUUAUAGACAUUAUCCAUACCUGCAGUGUGUACCAAAGUUAUUUCAUCCCCCCCAUAAUGCUACUGUCAAGUGUUACAACUGGAUAUGUGUAUAUAGAGUAGUUUUGAAAAAGUAAACUAAAAGUAAGAAGCAUAUCUCAAGAAUUAUUUUAUUGCAAGUCUUGUAUUUAAAUGUUAAAUCGAUAUGUUGUUGCAAUUCAGCUUGCUUUCAAGCUUCACCCUUGAACUUAACAUAAGCUAUUUUUGGCAUUGUGUUAUCAUCCGCUUAUUUUAUAGAUCAAUAUUUUUUAUUUCCCCUUUUUGCUGAGGAAAUGAAGAGAAGAAAAAAAUAUAAAGAUAUAUAUAUAUAAAGAUAUAUAUAAAUGAGCUAUUAAAAUCAAAAGAAUACUCUGUGGCUGUGCUGUUUGUGCCAAUAGACCUUACGAUGACCAAAAAGAGAAAUGUAAAUGUUUUAUAAAAUAGAGCAGAAUCACCAGUAUCUGUGUUAACUUACUAGUCUUUAAGUUCUUCCUUGGCCACUUCUCAGUUUUGCUUUGUGAGAGGAUUUGAUAUAGGAAUGUUGAGUCUGUGUAAGAAAGUUUUCUUCUCAAGCCUAUGUCUACCUUGCCAAAUCUCCAGAUGGGUUGUCUCCCCAGCAGGAUGCAUCAUAUAUGGGUGAAAGUGAUAAAGGGGAUUGAACCAGCUAUGCCUUGAAUUUCUCUGUCCUUGUGAAUGACUCUCUGUGUUGACUGUUACUGGUGGUAUUCUUUCCACUGUGUGUAAGUUGGCAAAGAAUACUUGCUAAAUGGCCACCUCUUUGCUCAUUGAGACCGCUCAUUGAGACCACCCCAACAAUGGGACUUUAAAUGUCAGCAGUGCAAUGGUACAUUGUGCCCCUCUAGUGAAUCCCAUAUACUAUGUCACAUAAUGUGGCAGCUGUAAUCUUGGAUUUUCUCUGCACCACAGCUAGCAAAGUUAAAUUGCAGCCAGAUGAUGGAAAGGGACCAAGAAGAAUAGGAGCAAAGCUUGGAAUAAGCAACCCAUUUUACUUCUAAUUUUGAUAUCAUCAUGUUCUGUGUUGCAAACAUACUCAGAAGAAUUUCAGACAUGAAUGUGUGAAGAUAUUUGACAAAUAUGUGAACGUUAAUAACAUUAGCUUACUAGAAAGUCUAGGUUCUCUAGAGCUAUUGUUUCAGGGAAGCUACUUUUUACAUGUUAAUAAGGCAGUAAUUUUGAGGAGCCAGGCCAGAAAUUCUCACACUAGAACAAAGUCACAAGAGACAGAAUCAGAAAUUGACUACUUGUGUUUAUGGGAUCUGUGCUUUUGAAGAUGGUAUGUUUGUGCUUGUUUACUUAUUUUCAAGGCUAGUCUUUAUGGCACUCACUGAUCACUGUCAUGUUUUUGAUUUUUUCUCCCUGAAGAGCAAUCUUAUGUGAUCUCUUGCUUUCAACUAGUAGCAAUAACUUGUUUAUUUACAGUUCCUUUUUAUCUUUCUUUUCAGUUACAUAACCAGAUACUUGUAGCUGAAUAUUCUAAAGAAAACUUAAACUUAAAAUGGGUUGAGUCAAUCUUAAUAACUCUUCCUCUUUAUUUUUAUAUCUUUUUCCUAUUUUGACCUUAGCUAAUAAUUUUUUAAAAACCUUCUAACUCAUCUAAUAAGCUAUAUGAUGAAUAACUCAGUUCAGAUACCUGUGCUCACAUUCUCUAUAGUUUGCCAGCUAUUAUUGAACCUUCCACACACAUUAUUUCCCUAUGUGAACUUGUAAUAAUAAAAAUUUUACACACAGUCUUUCUCAUGAGAUGGCUAGGAUUCGGCUGGGCCUAGCUAGUAUACAGGAAGGACUCUAAAAAUGUCAACGUGUUCUUACUUUUCUGUUUUCUCACUCAGUAGGUUGAUCUAUUCCAUCCAUCUUCACAUUUUUAAUCUGCUUUUUUUCAUCAGUUUUUUUCCUAAUUAAAAAAUUCUACUGAGAAACUUCUGUGCUGGUAUCUUCUCUCCGUUUUUCACUGUCUAUUGGCUUCUUUUCCUAAAUCACGCAUCUGGCUAUGUGUUGUCCCAGGACAGUCUUGCACUUUGCGUAAAAGGCUCCGACCUCUGCUUUCACUCUUAUCUCCUGCCACUUCCUAUGAUACCUGCUUGGCUUCUUUUCUGCUUAGUUCUAUCUGGAAUGUUCUAUCUCUUUUAUUUAAAAAGAUUUUAUUAAAUUUUUUUAUUUAAAAAAUAAAAAAUGUUUUAUCUUUGUUAGUUUAUAUUCAUUGUA